CAGGCACACUCUGCUCCACUUGCCACAUCAAAUUCAUUUCAAACAAAAUAUGUGUAUACAAUGUCAUAGAAAUUAAGAGUGAACUGUUGUAAGCCACAUCGACAUCGUUGUGUGCCCCAGCACCAUAUCGGCCACCCCGCGUCGUUCGCACAAGCCGUUGCUGCUUCUAAACAGUAUUCGAAACCUAACAGAACGCUCAUCCAAAGAGUUGGGGAUACGUGUCGUUGAUUGGAGACUAAAAGAAGCGGAGCACAAUGGCCCAACACGGCUUGAAUAUGGCCGGAAACAUGCAGGGACAACCUCCUUCUUCGGGUGGCCGGUUCUCUGUGGAUCUGCAAAACUUGCCCAGCCUGUCAAACUUGCCUUCUCCCCUAGAAGUGAUCCAAAUGGUGCGCAACUCGCUGCGGCCCUGGAGCGUCUUCUUCAACAUUAACAACUUUAAGACGGCCGUCAGCAUGCAACGGCUGAAUAACCGGGUCCUGCGAAAUUUGUCCUACUUCCAGUCAAACUACGUCUUCAUAUUCUUUGUGCUGAUGAUCUACUGCCUCAUCACAGCGCCGCUUAUUCUACUGGUUAUUAUCGCCGCCGCGUUUGGUUGCCAUAAACUGCGCGUUCGCAACAGCAACUACACCAUUAUGGGCCACCAGCUGACGCCCAGCCAGCAGAUCAUAGCCCUUAACCUGGCUACGGCGCCAAUUCUAUUUCUGGUGGGUGCCGGUUCGGUGCUGUUCUGGACGUUGGGAGCCUCCUGCUUUGUCAUCUUUAUGCACGCGAUCUUUUACAACAUCGAUGCCAUCGUGACGGAAGAAAACGAAGGAUUCCUCACCGAGGUAGUGUGACACUCUCAAAGCCAAUCAGAAUCUCAAAGAUCUUGAAACGAUGUUGAUAAUCGAAAGCAAGAAGGGGUCAGAUGUAUUCGCCAAAACGGGGCCUUAUUAGUCAAUAACACUUGCAAUAUCAGACUAUACACCUAAUUAUAAAGAAUUUUAGUUAGAUUUAACCAGCUGACAUUGAAUAAAAAAUCAAUCGAUGUGAAAAAUGCA